AUGACAACACUCUACACCACCCAACCACCACCCCCUCCACCCACCUAUCCAGACCCCUACGCUCAACCCGCCGCCUACGCACCCCCACAGCCCUACCAACCAAACCAACAAUACCGCCAACCUCCCUACGCCCCACAGCGACAACCAGCGCAACCAACACCUCUGCAACAAUCAAUCCUCCAAUCCGCCGACCCCUACGCACCUCAACCUCCCUACUCGCAAGCGAACCACGCGUCCCUCGCUCCCGGCGACCCCUACGCACCCCAGCAACCCCAGCAACCAGCACUACACCCCACGUUCAAUCCUGUCGACCCCUUCGCCGCCAGUUACAGCGCUCCCCGGCGCUCCUCAGACUUCAACUCCGCAGCGGCAGCGUAUGGUGAUCCGCGGCGCUCAUUCGACGCCGCGGCCGCGGCCUACGACGCCCGGCGCCGCUCCUCAGAGACGCGGCGCCACCGACAGUCACGGCACUCACUCGACGUCCCGGCCAUGGAGUUCACGCCGCUCGACUCAGACAGCAGCGGUGACGGCAGUAACUACGGCCACGGUCACGGUCGUAGCCGCAGCCAGAGCUACGGACGUCGGCACCCGCAAUCGGCGGCGCAGCAACCUAGGCGAUCGCACCACUCGGAACAUCGGCCGCAUAGGCACAGUAAGGAGUAUGGGGACGGGUCGGGGGCGGGGGAGGGCGAUGAGAGGGCGGAGCGGAGGCCUACGUUGGGGGAUACGAUAUUUGCGAUUUGGGACAAGGUGAGUGGGCAGGGGAAGGGUAGGUAG